CAACAGCCAACAGCUGGUAGUGGUAGUUGCCGUUUUGUCUGUCAGACGCCAGCCUACUUUAGUUGGUCGUAGAUCGUAGUCGAAUUCGGACGACAGUCGGUUGGGCUAGGGGCAAUAUUCUCUUGUUUGUGCUCCAGUCUAUACUCACGCAGUUUUUCUUUUAUCAGCGAUUCAGCUGAUUAGAGGAAUCUAACCUCACUUUUCAAAGGGACAAUAAGUGUUUUAUUUGCCAGUGCGGUUCGGUUGGUGACAGAAUGAAAAUAACCACUAAUAACAAUGAGAAGUCGGAAGUAGAUCUGAAUGAAGUCGACCCGAUGGAAAACUCGUACUGCAGCCAUAGGGUGAAGUCAAAGGAUAAGGAAGUGCAUCUGGAGACAUCAGAAUCGCUAAUUUCUAGAGAUGGCGGUAAAGUUUCCACCUCAACGCUAGAUUGUAUGACGUUGCUGAGCUACCAUGAAGCACCUUCAUAUCUUCAGUUCAAUCCCUACAUUCUCUCUGGCUACAGGGGCUAUCUCUCCACAAAGAUGUGCUUUGAAAGUAUGUUUUGGAUGACCAAUGAGACAAUCAACAUCUGGAGUCACGUGUUCGGAUGGAUGCUGUUUCUCGGUCUCACACUCUACGAUCUCUUACUUCUGAACAUCCACGCUUCAUUUACUGACAAAUUCAUCGUUGGAAUGCUCCUAGCUUGCUUCCAGGUAUGCAUGGUGAUGUCAUCACUCUAUCACAUCUUCUCAUGCCGCUCGGAGCACACGUUCAACUACUUCCUCUCCUUCGACCUGUUGGGUAUCGCUCUCAGCAUGCUGGGCAUUUACAUGACCGGUGUUUACUACGCUUACUGGUGCAAUAAGACAUGGCAGACAUUCUACUUGACAACCGUUUGUGCUUUCUUUGUGAUCGCAAUGAUCCUGCAGCUGCCAUGGCUACAGGUAGAUGACAAUGUCAAGAUGCUGAUCUUCGUGAUGUGGGCUGCAUACGGUGUGGUUCCCACCGCUCAUUGGACAGUCAUGAUGGGUGGCUUGGAUAACCCUAUUGUUUCUCUGUUGCUGCCCAGGGUGGUAAUGAUGUAUCUCAUCAUAGGUCUUGCCUUUUUCAUCUACAUUACCAGGAUACCAGAGAGGUUUUUUAAAGGUAAAGUGGAUUACAUCGGCUCAUCUCACCAGUGGUGGCAUUUCUUCGUAGUGGUAGCACUGUACUACUGGCACAACACCGGGAUCAAGUACAUUGAGUACCGCAUGAACCACGGUUGUGCGCACGAUCUUACGUUAUGAUCCGAUGUCUCCGAUGAUCUUCCACAGUCGUCCGUGGUUUCGUGAGCUCCUCAACUAAAGUUGGGAACCGCCCAAUAUUUGGGUUGUACAGUUUAUUUAUUGAUGCUUUCGCUUCAGAUUUGAUAUUCAGAUUUAGCGAGAGCACAGGGUGUUUACAUUUUACAUUUUUGAAAAUAUAUUUGUGUAAAUGAUUUUUAUUUAAUAAAAUUGGAAAUGUAUCCAUUGUGGUGAUAGUAAAUGUACCAUUCAAUUCAUCCACCAUUUUGUUUAAUUAGAACAUUGAAAGUAAUUUUGUUAUAACACCAUGUUCUAAUAACAAUCGUAAUAAAAUGCAAUAUAUUUUGUACUGAAAACCCUUAAAGAUAAUCUGUAUUUGCCACAGUAAGUAAUUCUUUUCUUUUUAAAUUGUGUUUUCUGUGUAUGCUGAUGCAUACAUCCUUGUAUAUAAAUCACAAUGAUAAGCAGAUAUGAAAUAUUAUGUAAACACUCUCGGAUUGAGAGAAACGUUCCAUAGAUCUUGUAGUGUGUUGUGUUAGUUCGACAUUUGUACUUGUUCCGUUUUGCAACGCAGGUAGCAGGUAGUUUAGAGUACACAUAUCAUCCGAGUCGGCUCCGCAACAAUCACAUUAUUCGAGUUUUCUCUUAGUCAUGUUUAAAGACGCAUUUAGAUAAAAAUUCACUAUUGUAUAUGUUUUUACCAGUUUUUUAUCUAAUUUUGUUUCCCCUAAGCUAUGUUUGUCGCAAUAGAACCAAAGUUUGUUACAAUAGUAUUACUGUUCAUGUCCGAAUGUAAUUUAUUUCAUGCUAGGAGUCCCAUACUUAUCUUUAAGUUAUAACAGUGUAACUGUGUUUGUAAGAACAAUUUAAUCGUAUCAAAUAUUAGAUUGUGUCAUUUUGUCCGCUUAGAAUGCAAUAUUUUGCUCACAUUUCUAUUAGUAGUAUUGUCCUUUGUUGUUGAAUGAUUGUUAGAGUGUUGAAUUAGGCUGUACAGUCAAAAUCAUUAUCUGUGUUCGUAGUUUGUUGUGCAGUUAAUUUUUUUAUUUAAAAAUAAGCCGUUUCACAUAUCUUAUUUUUUAGUAGAAUUGAGAUGUCAACAUUUUCUAGUUUUAUCUUGUUUUGGAAAUUUAUAAUUAGUUUGUCUUAAAAUUCUUUGUGGCCAAGUUUUACCUUUAAAAUUUAAAAGAUAUGCUAGACAUAAUUUAAGAAUUUCAUUAAGUGAUACCAUUAUCAAUAGUUGUUUUCACUUUUGAAAUUCCUGAAUGUAAUUUAAAAUUUAAAAUUCGACAACAGAUCGGAUGGUUUGAGCAAAAAAUUAAAUUUGAUAGAGUAUAUUGAAUACAGUUCAAUUUAAAAAUUGUAUCAUACAAGGACCACAUGUAACUCACGCGCACAGACAGUGAUAGUUGACUUAUUAUGCUGUUUUAUCAGCUUGUUGGAAUGGUUGUGAAUAUACAGAAGGCGAUUUUUUUUAUUAUAAUUAAGAAAUAUUUUUUAGUUUAACUUUAGAAUGGUUACAAUUAGUAAACAGGCCAUUUACUUAUUUUUCCUACUUAUUUUUGUGCCUUUAUAAUUAAGAAGAUGUAGUGCCUAUUAGACAGAUGUUACUCCAUAUAAACAGUUACUACAGUUUUAUUAUGUUCCAGUUAUUUGCCUAUGUUUUCAAUAUUAUAUAAAAUGUUAAUUUAGUUUUAUUAUUGUAGUAUAGACAUUAUUCAAGUGUGUCUUAUCUUAUAGUGUUGCAAAAGGUGGUUAAAACUGUUUUCUUUUUUUUUUGUAAUAAAAAUUUCAGUUCUUUCUGUAGUUGUAGUAUUUAGACCAAGUGUAUUCAUUUUUACAGUAAACAUCACUAUUGUUAACGAUAAUGAGAAAUAAAUAUAAAUUUUAGAGACAACUGUUGUUGCAAUAUUAAAUUAUGGGUUGUAAGGAUAUGAUUGAGAAGUAUUGAUAGCUAAGCAUUUACUGUGAUAUGGACUUUUGUUAAUGAUUUUAAUAAACUAAAGUGAGAAAGUUAA